CACAGUCAUAUCCACCCAUAGUGGUUCGGUAUUCGUGGCUGUGUUAUCUGGACAGCGGCUUAAAACAGCGCUGUAGUAGUCAGGAAGACUUUUAUAGCUCAUUUAGCGUUGGCGUUUUCGUGUGUAUUUCUCUCAGAGAGACAUUGGGUGGGUGUGAUAAGCUGCAUAACCUAUGCAUCAGAUCGCUCUCUCUACAGCACGCUGCUGUUUCUGCGGAUUGGGUUUCUCGCCUUGAUUUAUUUCAGAUUGCUGUAAAGCUAGUCACCAAGAGCCGUGAUGCAGAAACGGAGGAAGCCAGAGCCGAUCCAGCUCAAUCCCAUUCCUGAUGGAAACGCCGUGAACGGAACCGGUGCCUCGGAAACAAACCUGGAAGCCCUGCAGAAGAAGUUAGAGGAGCUGGAACUGGAUGAGCAGCAGAAGAAGCGUCUUGAGGCCUUCCUCACGCAGAAGCAGAAAGUAGGGGAGUUGAAGGACGAUGACUUUGAAAAGAUUUGUGAGCUGGGUGCCGGAAAUGGCGGAGUGGUCUUCAAGGUUUCACACAGACCCUCUGGACUCAUCAUGGCAAGGAAGCUCAUUCACUUGGAGAUCAAGCCAGCCAUCAGGAACCAGAUCAUCCGGGAGCUGCAGGUUCUGCAUGAAUGUAAUUCGCCUUACAUUGUGGGCUUCUACGGGGCCUUCUACAGCGAUGGAGAGAUCAGCAUCUGUAUGGAGCACAUGGAUGGUGGCUCCUUGGACCAGUCGCUGAAGAAAGCAGGCAAGAUUCCAGAGCAAAUAUUGGGCAAAGUUAGCAUUGCGGUGAUUAAAGGGCUGUCCUACCUUAGAGAGAAACACAAGAUCAUGCACAGAGAUGUGAAGCCAUCCAACAUCCUGGUGAACUCACGGGGUGAGAUUAAGCUGUGUGACUUUGGCGUGAGUGGGCAGCUUAUCGACUCCAUGGCCAACUCGUUUGUGGGCACCAGAUCCUACAUGUCUCCGGAGCGUCUGCAGGGCACUCACUACUCGGUGCAGUCUGACAUCUGGAGCAUGGGUCUGUCCCUGGUGGAGAUGGCCAUUGGGCGCUUCCCCAUCCCACCUCCUGAUGCUAAAGAGCUAGAGCAGAUCUUUGGCCUCCCCAUGGAAGGAGACCCCUCAUCCAGCGAGGCCUCUCCCAAACCCAGGCCCCCAGGCCGGCCUGGCAGCUCGUACGGACCUGACAGUAGACCCCCAAUGGCCAUCUUUGAGCUGCUUGACUACAUUGUCAAUGAGCCACCACCCAAGCUGCCAAGCAUCUUUGGCACCGAAUUCCAAGAUUUUGUUAACAAAUGCUUAAUCAAAAAUCCAGCAGAGAGGGCAGAUCUGAAGCAACUGAUGGUCCAUCCCUUCAUAAAGAAGUCGGAAGCAGAAGAAGUGGACUUUGCAGGGUGGUUGUGCACCACCAUUGGCUUAAAUCAGCCAGUGACCCCGACACACAGUGUGGGGAUGGCCUGAGAAUUCCUCGCUGCUCUCCUGGGAACGGAAAAGCCAUCAACUGCAUGCCGAUACUGCAGAAACUCGCUAUGAGUGAGACUUCAAAGUGAACAACAAAGGCCAUUUUUACACAGGCUGAAAUGCUCACAUCAUGUUUGCUUUUUAUUUAAUUUUUUUUGCCUAAUUAAAUUGGUGUAGUUAAGCUUGGUAUAGGAAAGUAAUCAUUUGUUAAAAUUAGUCAGUGUAAAAAAGAAAUGAAUGUCAUCCAAAUUGCAAAAGUCUGCUGGGCUUUUGUUUCUCGCUAUUAGCUACUUUAUGCAUUACUGCCUGUUUAAACGUACUGUUGUGGCCAACUUUACUGAGAACAAAGCUUUUUUAUAUCUCAAUUUUUAAGUGUGCUCUACAUUGCUGAAAUUUUAAGUACUAUUUGAAAUUUGAAGUGUUAAGACCAUUUUAAUAAAACUGUAAACAACAAAAAUAAUUUUGCUUUGAAAUGCAUUUGAGUUUUAAAAAAAAGGAAUAUGUUUAGUUUAGUCACAAGUGUAUUCUGUUUCCUACUCUAGACUUUUUUUUACAUUUCUAUGCUUUUGACACCAAAGCUCAUGUCCAAAAGCAGUCCUGACGAAUAACAUCAGAAAUGUUACUACUUUUAUCAGCAGUAAUACUUUAUUUGAACUUCUUUCUUGCCUUUCUUUGCCUUUCCCUUUAGUUCAAGUGUAAAGUUUGUGCAGACCUAUAAAUUUGUCAGUUGAGAAAACUCAAUGAACUGUUAUAAAUUAUAAUAAACAAUUUAUUUAACUGAAAAUUGUUGAACGUAUUGUCUUUCUAUGGCAAAUACACUAAAAUUUCACACGUAGGUGUGAACUCUAAGCUGCAAUAGCAUUAAAUGACUCAAUCCCAAUCCUAGUCUUUCCUUUUAGUGUUUUUCCUGCUCCAACACAUCAAAUUUAGCCUCUAUAAGGGCCUGUUAAUGAGCUGAUAAGUGGAGUUAUGGAUGUUGACAGCAGGAAAAACAGUGCAGUAGGGGUUCUGAAGGACCAUGUGUGGAAAAAAUGGUCAUGUAACUGUGACUAUUCUCACACUAGUCCUAGAAGUACUAUUUCAAGAAGGAAAUAUUGUGACAUAAGGUUAAAUGUUAUUGCGAAGAGUCAGACUAAAACCAGAAAGGACCACUGCAUUUAAAUUCACAUCUUUCUGUAGUGUACACUGUUCAAGCAUAACAGUAUGACCACCUCCUUGUUUUUACGCUCAUUGUCCAUUUUAUCAGCUCCACUUACUAUAUAGGU